AUGGCUGUGAAUUUAAAGCUCGCGUUGAUGUCCUUGGUGUUUCUGGUGGCAUUUAAUGCCAUUAACCAUGCCCAAGCCGCAGUUUUUGAUGUGACGACACAUGGAGCAAAGCCUGGUGCAGAUAUGACCGCGGCUUUGACCGGUGCUUGGAAAGAAGCAUGCGCAGCAGCUGGUAAAAACCAAGUUGUGGUUCCAAAAGGGACAUUCCAUUUAGGUCCAGUGAGUUUAGAAGGACCUUGCAAGGGCCCUAUUGAAUUCCAGAAUCAGGGCACCAUCCAGGCUCCAGCAGACCCCAGUAAAUUCCAGGAUUUCUGGAUCCAAUUCCUUCAUGUUGAUGGGUUCACUCUGUCUGGGGCUGGAACUUUCGAUGGGCAAGGACAAACUGCUUGGAAAUCAAAUAUCUGUGCCAAUAACCUCAACUCAUGCGGAGUACUUGCCGCUAAUUUGAAGUUCAGCUUCGUCACAAAUGCAGUAGUCACGGGCAUAACAUCACUAAACAGCAAAUAUUUCCACAUAAUCUUGUUGGGCUGCAAAGGCAUGCGGAUGGAAAAACUAACCAUCACUGCACCUGCAGACAGCGCCAACACCGAUGGAAUCCACAUUGGACGUUCAUCUGGGAUUACAAUUACCGAUAUUAAGAUUGGAACUGGUGAUGAUUGUAUCUCUCUUGGUGAUGGAAGCCAAGACAUUACUAUCACAAAAGUAACAUGCGGACCUGGCCAUGGUAUCAGCGUUGGAAGCCUUGGAAGAUACAAGGACGAGGAACCUGUGAGUGGAAUCACAGUCACCGGUUGCACCAUUACCAAUGCCCAAAAUGGCGUGAGGAUCAAGACAUGGCCUGCUAGCCCUAGUGCUGGUUCUGCAAGCGGUAUGCAUUUCGAGGAUAUUACCAUGAUUAAUGUGGAUAAUCCUAUCCUCAUAGAUCAGGGAUACUGCCCACACGGUCAGUGCAAAGCUCAGGUUCCCUCUACGAUCAAGAUCAGCGACGUUAGCUUCAAGAACAUUCGAGGCAGUACUAACAAUGUAGAGGCUAUCAAGCUAGCCUGUAGCAAGAGCGUACCAUGCGAGAAAGUGAAUCUUCAGGACAUCGACCUUAAAUUCACAGGGUCUGGAGAGGCUAAAACAAUAUGUGAGAAUGUCAAACCCACAAUUUCUGGCACUCAGAACCCUCCGGGUUGCACGGGGGCAGCUGCAGCAGCGGCGCCAGCAUGAGCGGGGGCAACAGAACCAGCUUAAACAGAAUGCUUCUCAAAACUAAACGAGUAAUAUUAAUAUUCCUCGAUCGAGCUUAAA